UUUCCUCCAUCCCCGCCACAAGCUCCCUCUUCUUCUCUGCCCAAUCCUCUUGCUUCAGCUUCAACUACACUGUCAACAGCACCUACGCCGCAAACCUCAACGCCGUCCUCUCCUCCAUCCCCGCCACAAUCGACUCCGCCACCGGCUUCUUCAACGCCUCCCUCGCCGCCCCCUCGACCGGACCCACGCAAACGCCCUCUGCAGGGCCGACAUCCAGCCGUACGCCUGCUAGAUCUGCGUCCGCGACAUCACCGCCAAUCACAGUCGACAAACAACACAUUCGAUUCGCUCUUUUUUUUCUGGCUAAAUCUCUCGAGACCAAAAAUGGGAAACGGUGAACGAGGUCGCCCCAGCAAGAAGCCCAAGUUCGCAAAGGUCCGUAAAAAAACUUUGUCGAGUUGUUCUGUUGGUUUUCAUCCGCUAUCAAUGGCUUCCCUGAUUGUUCAUAUCCUGUCUCAAUCGGAUUUUCUGAAAAUUUCUCGUUUUGUGUUUGUUGAUUUUAAGGAGGAGCAUAGGGCUCAAGCCGUUGAAGAAGUUGACCCAGAAGAAUUUGAUGACGAUCUUCGUGAUGGUGAAGGGAAAAAGAGGGAUUUCUCAAAAUUGGAACUUAAACCCGAUCAUGUGAACCGUCCGUUGUGGGCUUGCGCGGAUGGGCGAAUUUUCUUGGAGACUUUCUCUCCACUGUAUAAACAAGCCUAUGAUUUCCUCAUUGCAAUUGCGGAACCAGUUUGCAGGCCCGAGUCAAUGCACGAGUACAACUUGACCCCGCAUUCUUUAUACGCUGCAGUGUCAGUGGGCCUAGAAACAGAGACAAUUAUCUCUGUCCUGAAUAAACUUUCAAAGACCAAGCUUCCGAAGGAGAUGAUUGAUUUUAUUCAUGGUUCUACUGCUAACUAUGGGAAAGUGUUGAAAAAGUUGCUUAAAGAUGAAGUUAUAGGACGAGCAAGAAUAUCUUCUGAGGGAAAUCGUGGAGAUGAUGGAUUCACAAUUGGCAAAUCUGCUGGUGAAAUAGAAGGUGCACAUGAUGAGUUGCUGGAUGAAGCAGAUUUGGCUGCUGCUGCUGAAGAAAAAGAAACUCAUGCAUUUGAAAUCGACCCAGCUCAGGUGGAAAAUGUAAAGCAGCGCUGUUUGCCAAAUGCUCUCAAUUAUCCUAUGUUGGAGGAGUACGACUUCAGAAAUGAUACGGUCAAUCCUGAUCUUGACAUGGAACUGAAGCCACAUGCACAGCCACGUCCAUAUCAAGAAAAGAGUCUGAGUAAGAUGUUUGGAAAUGGCAGAGCGCGCUCAGGUAUCAUUGUACUACCGUGUGGUGCCGGAAAGUCUUUGGUUGGUGUAUCUGCUGCUUGCAGAAUUAAAAAGAGUUGUCUUUGCUUGGCUACAAAUGCCGUGUCUGUGGAUCAAUGGGCUUUCCAGUUUAAAUUAUGGUCAACCAUUAGGGAAGAGCAAAUCUGUCGUUUUACAUCUGAUAGCAAAGAGAGAUUCCGUGGUAAUUCUGGUGUGGUGGUGACAACUUACAAUAUGAUCGCGUUUAAUGGCAAACGUUCUGAAGAAGCUGAAAAGAUUAUCGAGGAAAUAAGGAAUCGAGAGUGGGGACUGCUUCUCAUGGAUGAGGUGCAUGUGGUUCCUGCUCACAUGUUCAGAAAGGUCAUUAGUCUGACAAAAUCACACUGCAAACUCGGGCUUACUGCAACUCUUGUAAGAGAAGACGAAAGGAUUACGGAUUUGAACUUUCUUAUCGGUCCGAAAUUGUACGAAGCAAAUUGGUUGGACUUAGUGAAAGGAGGUUUCAUCGCAAACGUUCAGUGUGCGGAAGUCUGGUGUCCUAUGACAAAGGAGUUCUUUGCUGAAUAUCUGAAAAAAGAAAAUUCAAAGAAGAAACAGGCUCUUUACGUAAUGAACCCGAAUAAAUUCAGGGCUUGUGAGUUCCUCAUCAAGUUUCACGAACGAGAGCGGCGUGAUAAAAUAAUUGUUUUUGCCGACAAUCUUUUUGCACUGACUGAGUACGCUACGAAGCUUAGAAAACCUAUGAUUUAUGGUGCCACGAGUCACCCUGAAAGAACUAAAAUUCUUGAAGCAUUUAAAACCAGCCGAGAUGUCAAUACCAUUUUCCUUUCGAAGGUUGGUGAUAAUUCUAUAGAUAUUCCCGAAGCAAAUGUGAUAAUUCAGAUUUCAUCACAUGCUGGUUCGAGGCGUCAGGAGGCUCAGCGACUUGGGCGUAUUCUCAGGGCUAAGGGGAAGCCUCAAGACAGGGUGGCUGGAGGAAAGGAAGAGUACAAUGCAUUUUUCUACUCUCUUGUUUCUACCGACACUCAAGAGAUGUAUUAUUCCACCAAAAGGCAGCAGUUUUUGAUCGAUCAAGGUUAUAGUUUUAAGGUAAUUACGAGCUUGCCUCCUCCAGACUCGGGACCCGAGCUCAAUUUCUACCGUCUUGAAGAUCAGAUUAACCUUCUUGGAAAGGUGCUUACUGCUGGCGAUGAUGCGGUUGGAUUAGAGCAACUAGAAGAAGACACAGAUGGCAUAGCAUUGCAAAAAGCUCGUCGCUCGUUCAAACCCAUGAGUAUGAUGUCUGGGGCCCACGGAAAGCUUUACAUGGAGUUCAAUAGCGGAAAAGCAGCGAAGAGGGAUAGCAAUAAACCGAGACAUCACUUGUUCAAGAAACGUUUCGGGUGAUUGCGAUUUUGAAGUGAUGUACGUAUAUUAUUCGUAUGUUUGUCUCGAGUAAAUGUAGAGAAGCGAAUAAACCGAGCGUGAUGGUGUUUGCUGUAAUUUCACACGAUGUGUGAAUGAUCGUCUCAUAUUAUGCGCCACAGCCCUAGUGAGUGUCGGGCAGGAUUUUUGUGUUUAAAGUUGAAAAAAAUCAUGCUGUUAAACAGUUAUCUUAUCAAUAUUUUAAUACACACAGCUAUGUGGGAAAGUCUGGUUUUUUGUUUAGAAAAUAUGAAAUUUUACUUGGUUGCUAAAGUUUAAGUUAAUGCAUUUUGUAAACAUGACAUUAACUGGUGUCCUUUUUUUUUUCUUUUGUUCUGUGAGGUAAAAUACAUUGAUGACUUCAAUAAUAAAUUUAAAGCAG